ACGUGGCCCUCCGUUGCAGCGGAGAGAGGUUUUUAUAGACAGGAGCUGCACACACGAACUCUACUACAGUUCAGCAUCAGCACACACAGGCUGUUCACCUGAAGAGCAAGAGGAUGGAGGCAGCAUACAAGAGGAUCAAUGGAAACUGCGGGACGGAGCUAGAGAUAGAUGACCUGGGCACAGGGCGAAGGAGAAGGGGCUCCAUGUACCUGGAGGAGGAGACAAGCAAGAAGUCUGAAGUGAUCUCCUGCAUCUUCUCCCUGAAGGAGGAGGUCGGAGCUUUAGCUGAAGCCCUGCGACUCUUCCAGGACAAGGGCAUCAACCUGACCCACAUCGAGUCCCGCCCAUCGCGCAUGAACAAAGACCAGUACGAGUUCUUCAUCAGUGUGGACUCCACCUGCUCCCAGGCCCUGGAUGAGGUCAUCGACGGCCUGCGUACACAAAUCAGCGGCCACGUGCAUGAGCUGUCACGCAACAAAAAUAAGGAUACAGUGCCAUGGUUCCCCAAUGACAUCCAGGACCUGGACCGCUUCGCCAACCAGAUCCUCAGUUACGGCUCCGAGCUGGACUCUGAUCACCCGGGCUUCACAGAUCCAGUGUACAGAGCCCGCAGGAAGGAGUUUGCUGACAUCGCCUACAACUACAGACAUGGCCAAAGCAUCCCUCGGGUGGAGUACACAGAGGAGGAGAAGACCACAUGGGGGACGGUGUUCAGGGAGCUGAAGACUCUGUACCCGACUCACGCCUGCCGCGAACACAACCGCGUCUUCCCCCUGCUGGAGAAAUACUGCGGCUACAGACAGGACAACAUCCCACAGCUGGAGGAAGUGUCCCGCUUCCUGCAGUCGUGCACAGGCUUCCGGCUUCGCCCGGUGGCCGGUCUGCUCUCGUCUCGGGACUUCCUGGCUGGACUCGCCUUCCGGGUCUUCCAUUCCACGCAGUACAUUCGUCACGGCUCCAAGCCCACAUACACACCUGAGCCGGAUAUCUGCCAUGAGCUGCUGGGACACGUUCCUCUCUUUGCUGACUCAAGUUUCGCCCAAUUCUCACAGGAAAUCGGUCUGGCCUCCCUCGGGGCCCCUGAUGAGUUCAUUGAGAAACUUGCUACUGUGUACUGGUUCACUGUGGAGUUUGGCCUGUGUAAGCAGGGCUCAGAGAUCAAAGCUUACGGAGCUGGCUUGCUUUCAUCGUUUGGAGAGCUGCAGUACUGCUUAACAGACGAGCCCCAACUGCAGUCCUUCGACCCCGUGAAGACCAGCCUCCAGAAAUACCCAAUCACAGAGUACCAGCCUGUUUACUUUAUUGCUGAGAGCUUUGAGGACGCCAAAGAGAAAGUGAGGAAAUUUGCAGGCACCAUCCCCAGGCCUUUCACAGUGCGCUACAACCCCUACACCCAGAGUAUUGAAGUGCUGGACAACACCCAGCAGCUCAGCAACCUGGCUGACAGCAUCAAUAGUGAAAUGGGGAAACUGUGCGAAGCCCUGCGGAAACUGGAGUAACUGCAGGUGAAAUGUGAACCAAGAGUCUCUUCAUUUAUUCAAUGAAACGGUUGUUUAUUACGAGGCUCUGCUUAGCAUGCUUGCAAAUUAGCUUUCUUUGUAUUAAAACAAAUAUGCAAGUCUAAAAAUGGCAAUAUUCCUGUAAUCCAACUAGUAUUUUACUUCAGUGAAUAAAGUGUAGCCUGUUACUUAUGUAGGAUGAAAUGAAUGUGUAAAAAUAUUACUGUCAGCAUUAUUACUUGUUUUUCAAAAUAAGAGGCUUUCCUCGAUCUCUUUAGUGACUUUGAUGAAUUCAAAAUGUGAACAUCAAAUUAUGUAUCUAAUAUGAUGUAAAAACAGCUGAAAUCAUCUGAUUUUUAAUUUCAUUUUUAUUCAUUUUAAACCUAUAAAGCAUAAUGAAAGAUACAUUUUUUUCUGACUGGCUUUUCUUUUUGCUUGGCUAAAUUAAAUGUUUUGUAUAUGCAUGAAUGUUUUAAUGAAAUAAAUACAUAUUUCUCUUCUC